CUCAGGUCUGCUGCCCGGGACCGGAGAUGCCGUUGUAACCGGGGAAAGUGGGGCCAGGGCUGGAGCACUGCUUGGAGGUCCUGCCCCCGCGUGUUCGGGCACCGGCUGCCCUCUUUGGGGUCCAGCUCAGCGGCAUCCUGCUGGCACUGCCUGGGUGGUAGACGGCUUUCUGGACGCCUCAUUGGUUGGCACUGGGCUGGUAAGAGCCCCACACACAGAAUGAGAGCAGACGUGGAACCUAAGAAGGUAUGAGUCUCGGAAAUUCCGAGGGACACAGAGCGCCCAGCCGUUGCCUCAUUGGUUCUCACUCCGCAGUGCCCGCCGCCGCUGCUCUGGACAGCCGAGCGUUUCCUCUCCUGCCUGCAGGCGUGUGGCUGUUGGGGGGACAGGGAAGAGCUUGAGACAGGGGCAACAGAGGCCAGGCUUGGGGCCCCCCGCCUGUCCCCAGGAGGUCUCAAGCCCACGGAAGAGCAAGGUACUGCACAGCUCCACCAGGAAGGCUCCCUCCACAGCCUGAGCCGGACCACAUGGAAGUGGGGGGACAGACCUGGCUGCCUCGGCCCUGGAGGCCCGCAGGUCGGGUGGGGGCCGCACUUGGCCGAGUGGCAGGCUGCUUCACCGCCGAACCCCCGCCGUCGGGGCCGCGAAGGCCCCCUGUUUUUGGCCCUGCGUUUCUCUGGGCCUCCCCCCACCCCGCUGAGUGGGCUGGGGCUGGCUCCGCGUGGCCCAGAGCCGUCCUGGUACACGCGUCGCCAUCAGCUGCGUCCCCCUCCAUCUCAGCAGUGCCCGGUCAGACGGCGCGCCCCCUCUGGCUGCCCGGUCUGUCAUGUGAGGGGUGAAAGCCGCAGAGCUCUCCUUCGAGUGGUGGCACCACGGGCCGUGCCCUGCUGAGGCUGAGGGGAUCUGGCGGCGGAGCGGGAAGCCCAGACGCCCCAGCGAUGACCAGCUCCCCUGUCUCCAGAGUCGUCUACAACGGCAAGAGGAACAGCAGCCCCCGCGCCCCCCCCAGCAGCAGCGAGAUCUUCACGCCGGCCCACGAGGAGAACGUGCGCUUCAUUUACGAAGCCUGGCAGGGUGUGGAGCGGGACCUCCGGAGCCAGAUCCCGGGCAGCGAGCGGGGCCUGGUGGAGGAGUACGUGGAGAAGGUCCCGAACCCCAGCCUGAAGACCUUCAAGCCCAUCGACCUGAGCGACCUGAAGCGCCGGACCACGCAGGAUGCCAAGAAGUCCUAGAGCCCCCACGGGGCCCCCGCGGGCCUCCGGGAGAUCCGGCGGCAGCCUGACGCUGGUCCGCCCUCCUGUGGGCCCAGCUCCUGGGAGCGGGGACGGGGCCGUGCCUCCAGGGGGCCACAGGCCCUGGGACCGGGACAGCUCCACUGGGGAGGGGGGCCGCGGCCUGCCCCUGCUUCCCCCGCUGCUGCCUCCCCUCUCGGGGGUCUCCGCUGCCAGACACGGGGAGGGCCUGGGCCCCGCCAGCCCCUGAGCCCUCGGCCACUGUGGCCCAGGUGUCUGGAGCCCCCUGGCCCUGCCUGCCCCCGGGGCCUUGACCCGGACUCCCCUGCCCUUCCCUCCUCUCCGCUGCCCCACCGAGCCCCGGCCACUUCCAGGGUCAGGGCAGAGAUGAGGGAGCUGCUGCCCCCGGGCCCGUGGGCCUGUGGACCCGAGUGCCACGUUGGUCCCUGAGGUGGCCGGCGGGCGGGGCGAGGGCAGCCCCGCCAGGCCGGCGGGGUCUCACCUGGCUGCUCCUCUGGCCUAGACACGGGAAGUGUGUGGCCCUCCCUGCCCCCACUGCCCCGCCGGGCCCCUUCCCUCCUGCGUUAGCUUCUGGGUGGCACGGGCCCUGCAGCCCGGGACGCUGCUGGCGCCCCCACAGGGUCCUGGUGCCAGGCCUGGCCCUGGUGGCUGCGGCACCCAGGGCAGGACUGUGAGGCGCCGGGCGGGUCCUGUGUGUGCUGUGUGCUGGGGGGGCACUGGGGCCCCUUUCCCUGUGACUGGAGCCCGGGACCGGAGAAUAAAGACGGGCAGCCCGUGCAGGGCCGGA